GUAGAAAGAACGUUCAAAUUGGGUUUAGAAGUUCCAGAUGUACCUUCACAUUAAUGUUACAUUAUUUCCUGUACGUCAACGAAAUUAAAGUGAUAUUAACGCAAAACCCUGGAUUCGCGAAAAUAAAUUUAAAAGUACACAUUUUAUGAAAACGAAAGGAAACCAUGAGCUAUCUGAAGACUAUAUAAGAUAUUUGACGCAAAACCGACGCACAACUAUGGAAGUAUCAAUAAAAAAUUGGGUCAAGAAGACGGGAUUGUGGUUUGGUCCACUGGGAGAUAGUACGAACUGGUUCGCCAAGAUUUGUAUAAUUUGCUUCUUUAUUACAAAUGCGGCCCAAUUUGUCUCUUUGAUUAUAAGCAGAAAUGAUCCAGAACAUCUAUUUAGAUGCUUCAGCGUCCUCUCUUUUUGUGGAAUGGGUUUUAUUAAGCUGACAUCGCUACAGUUAAGAAGGCAAUCUUGGCGUUAUCUCUACAACAAAACUUAUAUUUUGGAAAACGAACAACUGAACAAUGAUGAUACAACUGUUAACUACGAAUCUGACGAUGAAGAAAACAGAACAUUUCCUCAGCAUAUUUUAUUAUAUACGAAACAGUUUGUUACUACAAGCAGUUGGUUGGCAAAGAUGUAUAGUUUCACCGCUGUUGUGUAUAUUUUAUCUCCAUUUAUUGAAUACGCGAUAUACAGUGCAAACGGAGACGUUACGUUCAGGGUUCAUGUAUUACCAAUUUGGUCACCAUUGGACAAUGUCAGCAUUAUUGGUUACGUGUUCACAUUAAUCGUCGAAAUAAUAGCAUCAAUAUACUGUGUGGCCAUUCAUAUAACCUUCGAUACCUUUGCUACGGGAACAAUGAUAAUUAUUUGUGGGCAAUUUACUUCGCUACGCGAAUACAGCAAAUAUGUUUGUGGGAGUGGGAAGCAAUGUGACUUGAAUUUGAAAAGGGACGCUCGAGCACAUUAUCGAAUUAAAAAAUGUCAUUUCAUUCAUGUUACAUUGUUAAGCAUGGUCAACAAAUUGAAUGAAUUGAUAAGGGAUAUCAUUGGUAUAUAUUUUUUCGUAGCCACCUUGACUUUAUGUUCAGUGGCUGUACAACUGCAAUCUACGGAGCUAAGCGCCACUCAGCUAAUUUCUCUGCUACAGUACAUGUGCGCGACUCUUACACAGCUUUUACUUUACUGUCAUUACGGACAUGCAGUUCAAACCGAGAGUGCUGUAUUUAUUGGAGAUGGCCCAUUUACGUCAUCCUGGUGGAGUGUUAGUGGCAAAGUGCGACGUGAAAUUGCGAUUUUAUGCACAGGCAUGUCUCACAGUUGUAGACUCUUUGCCGGCCCAUUUAAUGUUUUGGAUCUUCAUUCAUUUAUUCAGAUUGUUAAAACUGCAUACAGUUACUACACAGUGCUUCGCCAGACGUCUGAACUAGACAAAUAAAUUUAGAUGACUGUUAAAGACAUUGAUCUGUAUCAUCAUUAUAACUUUCAUCACUAACUCUAAAUAUAACAACCUUUGCACCACCUGGCAUAUUCACCAUAACUUUCUGUUUAAAUAUUUUUAAUGUAAGAGAUGUACAUGUCGUCAGAGAUUAGAGGUAUUAUUGGCCUAUCACAAUCAAACGAAAAAAGGUUAUCGUCAAAUCGUAAUCGUUUCAUAUUACGGCCUCACCUUCACAGAUUUUUAUCAUCAUAAGUAUCAGCUCAGCAGUUGAUUAUUUAUAUGGUAAGGAAUAGCAUAUUUUUCGCA